GAAUCUUUUGAUGAUGCAUCACCAGGAAAACAAAAAGAAAUCCAGGAAGCAGAUCCUACAUACGAAGAGAAAAUGCAAACAGACAGAGCAAACAGAUUUGAGUAUCUGUUGAAGCAGACUGAGCUGUUUGCUCAUUUCAUUCAGCCUGCUGCUCAGAAAACUCCAACUUCACCUUUGAAAAUGAAGCCUGGACGUCCACGAAUAAAGAAGGAUGAGAAACAGAAUUUACUGUCAGUUGGCGACUACCGUCAUCGUAGAACAGAGCAGGAAGAAGACGAGGAGCUGUUAACAGAAAGCUCCAAGGCAACUAACGUCUGCACUCGAUUUGAAGAGUCUCCAUCAUAUGUUAAAUGGGGAAAGCUGCGUGAUUAUCAGGUGCGAGGAUUGAACUGGCUCAUCUCUCUCUAUGAAAAUGGCAUCAAUGGUAUCCUAGCAGAUGAAAUGGGUCUCGGGAAGACACUGCAAACAAUUUCUCUUCUUGGGUAUAUGAAACACUACAGAAAUAUUCCUGGCCCUCACAUGGUGUUAGUUCCAAAGUCCACUCUACAUAACUGGAUGAAUGAAUUCAAGAGAUGGGUACCUACACUUCGAGCAGUUUGCUUGAUAGGUGACAAAGACCAGCGAGCUGCCUUUGUCAGAGAUGUGUUGUUGCCUGGAGAAUGGGAUGUCUGCGUAACAUCAUACGAAAUGCUUAUCAAAGAGAAAUCAGUAUUCAAAAAGUUUAACUGGAGAUAUCUAGUAAUAGAUGAAGCCCACAGGAUUAAAAAUGAAAAAUCAAAGUUAUCAGAAAUUGUGAGGGAAUUCAAGACUACAAAUCGGCUGCUAUUAACCGGAACUCCACUUCAGAACAACUUACAUGAACUCUGGGCACUUCUUAACUUCCUUUUGCCAGAUGUCUUUAACUCAUCUGAAGACUUUGAUUCAUGGUUUGAUACAAACAACUGUCUAGGGGAUCAAAAGUUGGUGGAACGUCUCCAUAUGGUGCUACGACCAUUUCUGCUACGUCGCAUUAAGGCUGAUGUAGAGAAAAGCUUGCCUCCAAAGAAGGAAGUUAAAAUUUAUGUGGGUCUCAGCAAAAUGCAACGAGAAUGGUAUACGCGAAUCUUAAUGAAGGAUAUAGAUAUAUUGAAUUCAGCUGGGAAGCUGGACAAAAUGAGACUGCUGAAUAUUCUCAUGCAACUGCGAAAGUGUUGCAACCAUCCGUAUCUCUUUGAUGGAGCAGAACCUGGUCCACCUUACACAACGGAUAUGCAUUUGGUCACCAACAGUGGCAAAAUGGUAGUAUUGGACAAAUUGCUACCUAAGUUAAAAGAACAAGGUUCAAGAGUCUUAAUCUUCAGUCAGAUGACUAGAGUCCUAGAUAUCUUGGAAGAUUACUGUAUGUGGCGAAAUUAUGAGUAUUGUAGACUGGAUGGACAAACACCGCAUGAUGAGAGACAGGCAUCUAUUAAUGCAUAUAAUGAACCUGGUAGCUCAAAAUUUGUGUUCAUGUUGAGUACACGGGCAGGAGGUCUUGGAAUCAAUUUGGCUACUGCUGAUGUUGUAAUUCUGUAUGAUUCAGACUGGAAUCCACAAGUAGAUCUUCAAGCUAUGGAUCGAGCACACAGAAUUGGCCAAACAAAGACGGUGCGAGUGUUCAGGUUUAUCACAGACAAUACAGUGGAAGAGAGAAUAGUGGAACGUGCAGAAAUGAAACUCCGGCUAGAUUCCAUAGUCAUUCAGCAAGGAAGACUGGUGGAUCAAAACCUGAAUAAACUUGGGAAGGAUGAAAUGCUGCAAAUGAUUAGACACGGAGCGACACAUGUGUUUGCCUCAAAGGAGAGUGAGAUUACAGAUGAAGAUAUUGAUCACAUUUUGGAAAGAGGUGCAAAGAAGACUGCAGAAAUGAAUGAAAAACUUUCAAAGAUGGGUGAAAGCUCACUCAGGAAUUUCACAAUGGAUACAGAGUCCAGUGUGUAUAAUUUUGAAGGGGAAGACUACAGAGAAAAACAGAAGAUGGCAUUUACAGAGUGGAUUGAACCACCUAAACGAGAAAGAAAAGCCAAUUAUGCGGUGGAUGCUUACUUCAGAGAGGCUCUUCGAGUCAGCGAGCCAAAAGCACCCAAGGCACCCCGGCCUCCAAAACAGCCAAAUGUACAGGACUUCCAGUUCUUUCCUCCACGCCUGUUUGAGCUAUUGGAAAAAGAGAUUCUCUACUACAGAAAAACGAUUGGGUACAAGGUACCUCGUAAUCCUGAUCUCCCCAAUGCAGCCCAGGCACAAAAGGAGGAGCAGCUUAAGAUUGAUGAGGCUGAACCUCUUAAUGAUGAAGAACUAGAAGAAAAAGAGAAGCUUCUAACGCAGGGAUUCACUAACUGGAAUAAGAGAGAUUUUAACCAGUUCAUCAAAGCCAAUGAGAAGUGGGGCCGGGAUGACAUUGAAAACAUAGCACGAGAAGUAGAAGGCAAAACCCCAGAGGAAGUCAUUGAGUAUUCAG